UCUCUUUCUCUCUCUCUCUCUCUCUCUCUCUCUCUUUCUCGAAUUAACUGCAAAUUGAGAAGAACUGUAAAAGAAGAAGAGAAGAGAACGCAACCAUUGACUCUCUCGCGCAACCAUUGACUUCACUUUACGAACUUUGUUGUGUUCUUCGAGAGCGGACGCUCGGAGUCGCGGCAGUGUGUUCGAAGUGAAAUCGAGUUUCCCUGGCGAAGCGAUAGGAGUGACGGUACACGUGGUGGACGGAGCGCGUGUCAGGGUCGCUAAAACCGAGUAAGGGUGACACGCACAGGGAAGAAAAAAUCGAUUGUCAUUAAAUCGAACUGAAAAUCCUUCAAACUGGGCGACGGAAAAGGAAAACAUCGACGAGUGAGAAUGGCGGAUGAAGCCCAGGAAAACCAACAAUCGGCUACUAAAAGACACAAGGUUCUAAGUCAUCUACCCAUCAUCAUCAAAGUGCUCGAAUUGAUACUGGCCAUCUUUGCAAUCGGUUUGUCAGUGGAUCCGAUGAAUUCAUUCCAGCGCAUGUUCAAUAGACCGCGAUUCAAGCUGGACGAUGCAGCCACUAUCUACGUCUCGGUCGCCGGCUAUAUUCUCAUCAAUGCACUCUUCAUCAUCAGCCAUAUGCUGGGUGAUCGCGUGCCAAAAAGAACGUUGCUGAUGUUCGCAACCGUAGGCGCGUUUAUGCACGUAGUGGCCGGAAGCUUGAUGAUCCAUAAUUGGCGCCAGAUGAAUGGUCCUUACUAUUAUGUGCAUAACAAUGAGAUCCAUCCUAGCAAACAGUACAUGGAUAUGCUUAUAUCAGCAGCAGUAUUUACAUUUGUAACCGCAGCGGCAUUUAUCGCGGAAAUUGUCGCCAUUAUAAGACAUGCGUGAAUAUGUGCGUCUCCGCAAGAAAGUCCAUUGAUUCAAGCGAGUUGAAGGACUCACGAGUAUCACCAAAGUUAUGGAUAGUCUAUUUAAAAAGAAAAAGAAGUAUAUAAAAGAUCUUAAUUUUUUAAAGCCGUGUAUACACUUAGCGAACGAACACCGAACGAACAGUGAAUGCAAAACUUUGUGUUGUUAUUUUACAUAAAAAUUGCACAAGUUCAAUUGCUAUGUGCAACGAACAUUGAAUCUAAUCGAAUGCUAGUAGUUCGGUGCAAUCAAGAAAAAGAUUAAACUGCUCAUAAACACAAACACGAAUGUCCGAACAUUCGCGUUCGAUGUUCGUUCACUAAAUGUAUACGCGGCUGAACAUUUAUUACAUAAGCAAUUUUAUAAAACUUUCUGAAAUUUAUACGACUAUUAAUUUGAUACUUUAAUGGCUGCAUUCAGCAAAGAAAACAGCUUUAAUUGGUGGUAUAAUAAUAUGUGAGGAACUUAAGGCAAAACUAAUCGAGAGGGAUUUGAUAACACACAUUGCUAAUCGGUCAAUUUAAAAUAAAAUAUUCUCAUUGGUAAAGCAAUGAAAAACGGAACGAUCAAUCAUAUUAAAGAAUAUUUAAUACAACAGUUAUGCAAAGUUAUUAUCUCUACUGAAAGCAGCUAUUAUUUUAUA